AUGGAGGCACAGGGAGGGGCAGGGAGCCCAGAGCCCAAUAAAGACAUCCAGAAGCUGCUGAAGCCCUCCAGCUCAGCCGACCUAUCCAAGGACUUGUUCCAGCACGCAGCAGGCGAGGAGGAGGGCAGCCUGUCGGGGCACACUGCGAGCCUGCUGCACAUCACUGAGAAGAGACAACCACUGAGUAGUGUAUCUUCAUUAGAGGUGCACUUUGACCUCCUGGACCUGACUGAGCUGACUGACAUGUCUGACCAGGAACUGGCUGAAGUGUUUGCUGACUCUGAUGAGGAAAACCACAACGAGUUCCCAACAGGUUCCCAACAGCCAAUGCUGCCCAGAGGUGGGUACAUGCGCUCCCCCUCAUGGACGCGCUGCAGCAAAGUCGAGCCCCCACGAGAGAGAAAACACCACAGCGACUCGGACACCGUGGAGCCCUUGAUGAAGCUGGAGCGGCCCAAGCAGCCAUGACGAGGACGUCUGUGGUGAACCGGCCGGACUGCAGAGAGAGACAAGCCCAAGCUAGACAGACGCAGCCAGAGGGGGAACA